AUGUUAUAUUUAAGUAGUAAUAAUCCCCACAUCAUGAGAACUUUACAACUAUUUGGACUUUUUGUUCUCUGUAGCAUUGCACAUGCUUUAAACUUAACAGCAAGCUGCACAAUUGAUAGGUUUGACCAUGUUGAUACCGUUGUUAGCCAAUGCAAAUCUAUAACCGUUGAAAGCUUUGCAGUACCUGCCGGCCAAACCUUAAAACUACAUUUACAAUAUGGUACCACCCUAACUUUUAAUGGAAACAUUGCUUUUGGUUACAGUGAGUGGGAUGGUCCUCUUAUAUGGAUUAAAGGCGACGGAAUCACGAUACAAGGAACAGAAAGUCAUUUGCUAAAUGGUCGUGGUGAGCUAUGGUGGGAUGGACAUGGUGACCACAGCAAUAAGAAGAAACCCCAAUUCAUGUUAAUUCAAGCAACGGGAAAUUCACUUUUUAAAGAUAUUAAGGUAAAGAAUUGUCCUCACACAUGUAUUGGUAUCUCGGAUUCCCAUGAUAUCACUCUCCAACACUGGACUAUUGAUUGCCAAGAUGGAGAUACAAAAGGAGGAGCUAACACCGAUGGAUUUGAUAUCGCAAAGUCCUACAAAGUAACAAUAAAAGAUACUACAGUACGAAACCAAGAUGACUGUAUUUGUGUGAAUCAAGGUCAGCAUUUAACAAUUCAGAACAUGCACUGCAUUGGGGGCCAUGGAUUAAGUCUUGCGUCAGGAUUGUGGGAUACCUAUGAGCUAAACACCAUUUACAACGUAACAUUUAAAGAUUCCAUAGUGGAAAAUUCACGUAACGGUAUUCAUAUUAAAACUAUACCAGUAAAUAAUAAGAAAGGCGAAAUCACCAGCAUCACUUACGAUAAUAUUAAGUUGAUAGGAAUUUCAUAUUAUGCAAUUAACGUACAAGAAGACUACACCAACGAUGGACCAACUGGAAACCCUCUAGGAAAUAUUCCUGUUAAAGACCUAAAAAUUCAUAAUGUCUAUGGAACAAUGACAGGUUCAAAUUCAGUUAAAGUUUACAUUCUUUGUGGAAGUGGAGGCUGCUCGAAUUGGAACUGGUCUGACAUAAAUGUCUCAGGAGCUGCUAAGUCAAAUGCUUGUAAUUUUACCCCCAAUGGAUUUAAUUGUUAA